GAGAACUGCCUCGACAAUGUGACCUGAGACCAGCUUUUGAAGAUCCAGGAUUCUUACUAGUUGAUUUAUAGUAAGAUGGCGGUGGCACGGGUUUUCCGCCUCGUUAAACGCCCAUAUGGGUUAUGUGCUAAGUUUAUCGCCGUGGCCUUGUUGGGUCUCUGUUUCAUUUUUAUUUGGUCUACUUUUUUAUCGUCUUCAUCUGUUGUCUCCCAAAGAAGUAGCUUUGGUGACAUAAAGGAAAGUUUUUCGGCGGAUGAGAAAAAAGAUUCAAGGGCGCUACCUAGGAAGAGAGAGCCGGUUGGAAAUGAAGCACCCAAAGGUGGUGAUAACACUGUCAAAUCCAUUUUGGGAGGGAAAGAUAAGGAAAAGGGUGGUGGGCAUGUUUCCCAUCAUACUAAUCACAAUGCUGGGAAGAAGGAUAAGAAAGCUGAUCGGGUAUUCUCCAAUGCUACUAGUGUAUCAGAAGGAUCAAACAAUGAGGACCCGCAAAAGAUAGAGGAUCAGGGCCAGAUACAAGAAGAAGAAGAAGAAGAAGUGGAUGAUUCUGAGGAAGAAAAUGGCAGGGUGAUUGAGGAUAGUGAUUUGAAUGACUCAGGAGACCAGCAAAAUGAGGAGAAGAUAGUAGAAGAAACCGAGAAACCAAUUAGUACAGGGAAGAAGAAAAAGCAGGUGGGGCCAGUGUUCGAUUCAAGAGCUCAAUACACUUGGAAACUAUGUAAUGUAAGGAGCAAAUACAAUUACAUUCCAUGUAUUGAUAUUGAGCAUACCACAAAAACGCUGCAGAGCUAUCGACAUCGGGAAAGGAGUUGUCCUGGAACACCUCCUAUGUGUCUCGUUCCUCUUCCUUCUGGGGGUUAUCAAUCUCCAGUGCAUUGGCCUGAGAGCAAAUCUAAGAUAUUAUAUGGCAACGUGGCACAUCCGAAACUUAGUGCAUUCAUCAAGACAAGGAGUUGGAUAACUGAAUCUGAACAAUAUCUUACUUUCCCUCAAGACCAGUCAGAGUUCAAGGGUGGGGUCCUUAACUACAUUGAAUCUAUUGAUGAGAUGGUACCUGAUAUUGAAUGGGGAAAGAAUAUUCGCAUAGUACUGGACAUUGGAUGCACUGACUCAAGCUUUGUAGCUUCUCUUCUUGGAAAAGAGGUAUUAACUUUGUCAUUGGGCUUGAAGGAUGAUCUAGUGGAUCUAGCACAGGUUGCUCUAGAGCGUGGUUUUCCUACCGUUGUAAGCCCUUUUGGAGCAAGAAGGCUUCCUUUUCCUAGUGGUGUUUUUGAUGCCAUUCACUGUGGUGGAUGUGGCAUACGCUGGGAUUCUAAUGAGGGGAAAAAACUUCUAGAGAUGAAUAGGAUUUUGCGACCUGGGGGUUACUUUAUAUUGUCUACCAAACAUGAGAACAUUGAAGAGGAAGAAGCUAUGUCUUCAUUGACGGCAUCAAUUUGUUGGAAUAUCCUGGCGUAUAAAACGGAUGAAGUCAGUGAACUAGGUGUUAAGAUAUAUCAGAAACCAGAAUUGAAUGAUAUAUACGAGUUGAGAAGGAAGAAAAGCCCUCCUAUAUGCAAAGAGGAUGAGAACCCAGAUGCAGCUUGGAAUGUUCCAAUAAAGACUUGCUUACAUACCAUUCCGGUUGCUAUUGAACAACGUGGAACUGAGUGGCCUGACGAAUGGCCCAAGAGGCUUGAAACUUUUCCUGAUUGGUUGUCUAACAAAGAGAAAGUGGUUGCAGAGACUGAGCACUGGAAGGCUAUUGUCAACAAUUCCUAUCUCAAUGGCAUGGGAAUUGACUGGUCAAGUGUCCGGAAUGUAAUGGACAUGAAAUCAAUUUAUGGAGGAUUUGCAGCUGCUCUGUCAUCACAGAAAGUUUGGGUGAUGAAUGUGGUCCCAGUCACUGUACCAGAAACACUUGCCGUCAUAUAUGAGCGCGGACUUUUGGGCAUCUACCAUGACUGGUGCGAGUCUUUUGGCACUUACCCAAGAUCCUACGACCUUCUGCAUACCGAUCACCUCUUCUCACGGCUUAAGAACAGAUGUAAGCAGCCGGUGGGGAUAGUUGUUGAGAUGGACCGAAUACUACGGCCUGGUGGUUGGGCCAUUAUACGUGACAAGGUGGAGAUACUUGAUCCUCUGGAGGUAAUCUUGAGAAGUUUACAUUGGGAGAUCCGAAUGACUUAUGCACAGGAUAAGGAGGGUAUCAUCUGCGCCCAGAAAACAAUGUGGCGACCAUGAAGUCUUGAGCGGGCAGUUUAUGUUGGAUGGCCAAAAUACCAUGUCAUUUAAGAGGGAGAAACCCUGAGCUUGUGAUAUUCCCACUCCUUUUAUAUCCCAUAAAAGUAAGGUAAGUGUUUUCCUUGCUUUUCUCAAAUGAAGAACAAAAAUUCUUUGUAGUCCUUGUGAGAAAUAUAUGAUUGCCUUAUAUCCUUGUG